UUGACGAGCCGCACCACGGCGCAGUCGGCGGCGGCUGCAACUAACCAGCGAGCGAGCGGACGGGCGGCGGCGGCGGAAGAGGAGGAGAUGCCGGGGAAGGGGCAGCGGCGGAGGGAGAAGAACUACCGGGCCGCGCACGGAGGGGACUCGCGCUUGGCCCCGCCGCCGAAGCAGCGGGAGCUCGAGGCCAUCCCGUCCAAGCUCCGCCGCCUCAUCGCCUUCCAGAACAAGCACAACGCCAACGCCUCCUCAGGAGGUGGAGGCGCUCCCGGGAAGCAGGACGAUGGGGCGGGCAAGAACAAGCCGGCAAAAGACAAGAAAACUAAGAAGCAGACCUUGGAGACUACUGUUGAUAGCAAACCAGCAGAAAAUAAAGGUGAGGAUGGGCCGGCUGCCAAUGAGAAUGUGAAUGUGGAGGAAAGCAAGGGGAAGCGGAAGCGGAAGCGGGGGAAGGCUAUGGACCUUCGUUUCAAGGAAUUAGACGAGAAGGCCUCGAUUUCAAAGAAGCAGAAAAGGAAGAAGUAUCUGGAUGAGAAGAAAAAGAAGCGCAAAAGCAAUAAGGUGGAGAUUCUUCCGGAUUUCCCUGGGCGUGAAAAAGUGAAAUUUGGUGAAGUUGUCGAGGCACCACCAAAGUUGUCAUUCCCAAAGGUGAAGAGUCCUUUAGAUGCUUCUCGUGAGAUCCUAAGAAAAGAGGCGAUUGAGAAUUACAGAAACAUCAAAGGCUGGACAUCGAGGCCUGGACUCCAGCUUCCAACACCAGAUGAAAAUACAUUAUCGUGAUCUAAGAAAAGAGGCAAUUGAGAAUUUUUCCAGACCUGUAGACUCUAUUUUCAUGCUUUGCAAUAGUUAAUGUUUUUCACGGGAUAUGCACCCAUGUAACUCCUUUGUUAAGUUCCUACUGUUAACUGGAUUCACGGAUUUGACCAAUGCAAA